CAAAUGUUUUUAUAACCUUUGUGUAGCUCUUGUAUAGCAAAUCUUGUGUUUUAUAACAUUUGUACAUUGAUUUCAAAUUUAUGAAGAAACCAUUUGGAUCAACAUUUCCAAUAUUAUGUAUUUAUGUGUAAGUUUCGAAUACUUGCGUAUGUAGUUGAAGCACAAAAAUGGACGAAGUUGCAAAGCUCGAGCAUCUGUCUUUGGUUUCAAAGAUCUGCACAGAACUAGAAAAUCAUUUGGGGCUGAAUGACAAAGAUUUAGCUGAAUUCAUAAUCCAUUUAGCAGAGAAAAAUAAUACGUUUGAUAAAUUUAAAAAAGUCCUUAUUGAAAAUGGCGCGGAAUUCUCUGAAUCUUUUAUGGCUAACUUGUUGAGAAUAAUACAGCAUAUGAAACCAACCAAGCUAGAGGAAAAAUCUUCAAAACCUGUAACAAAACAAGAUGAAUUAGCUCAAAAAUUCCCUGCACUGGCACUACCAAAUGAGGAGCCAAAUGUUAUGAAUGACAAAGAACUCAAAGAUGAUGAUAUAGUCAACAGUGCUAUGGCAAGUUUGGAAGAACUUGCACCAUCAAAAAAAUCUAAUAAAGAAGAUAGCAAAAAGGAAAAUCAAUCAAGUGACAAUAAUGAUAAGAAAAGCAGACACACAAGAAGAAGUAGAUCAAGGGAUAGAAGAAGACAUAGAUCACGUUCAUCAGGUCACAGAGAUAGAAGACAUAGAUCUAGAUCUCGUUCAAGAUCAAGAGAUCGCUCAAGAUCCAGAGACAGAAGACGCCACAGGUCCAGAGAUCGUAGAAGGUCUAGAUCACGAGACAGAAAAUUUCAUAGAGACAAAUAUUUUAAUAAAUCCGAGCGAUCCAGAUCGCGGUCUAUAGAGGAACUUUCCAUGGAUCCAGAAGUAGGAAAGAUUUAUUCAGGAAAAGUAGCUAAUAUCGUACCUUUUGGUUGUUUUGUUCAAUUGGAAGGUUUAAAACGAAGGUGGGAAGGGCUUGUUCAUAUCUCACAAUUAAGAAGAGAAGGAAGAGUCGCCAGUGCAAGUGACGUAGUAUCUAGAGGACAGAAAGUGCUCGUAAAAGUCCUAAACAUUGGUGGACAAAAGGUUUCUUUAAGCAUGAAAGACGUCGAUCAAGAAACUGGUAGGGAUCUGAAUCCUGUUGUGGUUGUUACCAAAACCGAAGAAGAUGAGAAGCAUUUGAGAAAUCCAGAUAGACCUACUUCCUUAUUAGAACUCCAGGGUAAUUGGGACGAGGACGAAACUUAUUCUAGAAAACGCGUGCAGAGAUUGUCCUCACCCGAAAAAUGGGAGAUUAAACAGAUGCUUGCUGCAUCUUGUAUCGACAGGAGUGAAUUACCAGAAUUCGAUAUGGAAACCGGAAUUCUUCCACGGGAAGAUGAUGAGGAAGAAGAUGUUGAAAUAGAGUUAGUGGAAGAAGAACCACCAUUUUUACACGGCCAUGGAAGAGCUCUUGGAGACCUAAGUCCCGUUCGUAUAGUAAAAAAUCCUGAUGGUUCUUUAGCACAAGCUGCAAUGAUGCAAAGUGCUUUAGCAAAGGAAAGAAGGGAGCAGAAGAUGUUGCAACGAGAACAGGAAAUGGAUUCUGUUCCAACAGGUCUGAAUAAAAAUUGGAUUGAUCCUCUACCAGAAGCUGAAAGUAGAACUCUAGCUGCGAAUAUGCGUGGAAUCGGUCUUCAAACUCAAGAUCUACCUGAAUGGAAAAAGCACGUAAUAGGAGGAAAAAAAUCUUCCUUUGGAAAGAAAACAAAUUUAACUCUCCUCGAACAGCGUCAGAAUUUGCCGAUUUACAAACUCAGAGACGAUUUAGUUAAAGCUGUGACAGAUAAUCAAAUUUUAAUUGUAAUUGGUGAAACAGGAUCAGGAAAAACUACGCAAAUUACACAAUAUUUAGCAGAAGCAGGAUUCACGGCCCGUGGAAAAAUCGGCUGUACUCAGCCCAGAAGAGUAGCUGCCAUGUCGGUCGCCAAAAGAGUAGCGGAAGAGUUUGGUUGUCGUUUAGGGCAGGAAGUUGGCUACACAAUUCGUUUUGAAGACUGCACUGGGCCAGAAACUAGUAUAAAGUAUAUGACGGACGGUAUGUUGCUAAGAGAAUGUCUCAUGGAUCUUGAUUUGAAGACGUACUCCGUAAUUAUGUUAGACGAAGCACAUGAACGCACCAUUCAUACGGAUGUUCUUUUUGGAUUGUUAAAACAAGCAGUAGGUAGAAGACCGGAUUUAAAACUAAUUGUUACAAGUGCCACUCUGGAUGCUGUAAAAUUUUCACAGUAUUUCUUUGAAGCACCCAUUUUCACUAUCCCUGGUAGAACAUUCGAAGUUGAAGUCAUGUACACCAAAGAACCAGAAACAGAUUAUCUGGAUGCUGCAUUGAUAACAGUAAUGCAGAUACACUUAAGAGAACCUCCAGGAGACAUACUCCUAUUUCUGACUGGUCAAGAGGAAAUUGACACAGCUUGCGAAAUUUUAUACGAACGUAUGAAAUCUUUGGGUCCUGAUGUACCUGAGUUAAUUAUACUGCCCGUAUAUUCAGCACUCCCUUCGGAGAUGCAAACCAGAAUAUUCGAACCAGCCCCACCUGGUUCCAGAAAAGUGGUAAUAGCUACCAAUAUUGCAGAAACGAGUUUGACUAUCGAUGGAAUUUAUUACGUAGUUGAUCCAGGAUUUGUAAAACAAAAGGUGUACAAUUCAAAAACUGGAAUGGACAGUCUUAUAGUAACACCAAUAAGUCAAGCAGCUGCAAAACAAAGGGCUGGAAGGGCUGGAAGAACUGGCCCAGGAAAAUGUUAUAGACUUUAUACCGAAAGGGCAUAUAGGGAUGAAAUGCUCCCUACGCCAGUUCCAGAAAUCCAACGUACUAAUUUAGCAAAUACAGUAUUGCAACUAAAGACUAUGGGGAUCAAUGAUUUGUUACACUUUGAUUUCAUGGAUGCCCCACCUGUGGAAUCUCUGAUAAUGGCUUUAGAGUCUUUGCACAGUUUAAGUGCAUUAGAUAACGAAGGUUUAUUGACCAGACUCGGAAGGAGGAUGGCAGAAUUUCCUCUAGAACCUAAUUUAUCCAAAAUGCUCAUCAUGAGCGUACAUCUACAAUGUUCUGAUGAAAUAUUGACAAUUGUCAGCAUGUUGUCCGUGCAGAACGUCUUCUAUAGACCGAAAGACAAACAAGCUUUAGCAGAUCAAAAGAAAGCCAAAUUCAAUCAACCGGAAGGUGAUCACUUAACUCUGUUGGCAGUUUAUAAUUCUUGGAGAAAUAAUAAAUUUAGCAACGCGUGGUGUUAUGAAAAUUUUGUCCAAAUUAGAACUUUAAAACGCGCUCAGGAUGUUCGAAAGCAACUGUUAGGUAUAAUGGACAGACACAAAUUGGACGUAGUAUCUGCCGGUAAAAAUACCGUAAGAAUUCAGAAAGCUGUCUGUUCUGGUUUCUUCAGAAAUGCCGCGAAGAAAGAUCCUCAAGAAGGAUACAGAACUUUGGUAGACAGUCAAGUUGUCUACAUUCAUCCAAGUAGCGCUUUAUUCAACAGACAACCGGAAUGGGUGAUUUAUCACGAAUUGGUCCAAACAACGAAAGAAUACAUGAGAGAAGUUACAACCAUAGAUCCGAAAUGGUUGGUAGAAUUUGCACCAGCAUUUUUCAAAUUUAGCGAUCCAACGAAACUUAGCAAAUUCAAGAAGAAUCAAAGAUUAGAACCGCUUUAUAACAAGUACGAAGAGCCGAACGCUUGGCGAAUAUCAAGAGUUCGAAGAAGACGUAAUUAAAACGUUUAUUAUACAAUUUGUAAAUAGUAUUUUGUACAGUCAUUAUUUAAGAACUAACACCAAUAAAUAGUUCGGAUAUA